GCUACCGUGUCACAAAAGGAUGACAAUUAAGUAAAUACUGCGGCGUCCUCACGAGGUUACACAACAAUAAAUGGCUUGUUUUCAAAGACUGGUUCAAGUCCAACGUCACAUUCAGAAAGUCAGGCAGGCAGGCUGCUCAAUCGAGGACAGAGCACUCGCUCUCAUGCUGAUUUCGGCUGAAGAACAACUUCCAGCACGUUUUUAUUCUAUCUACUUUUAAAUGGGCGGAUGGGUAACUUUUUGGGCGUAAUGUAAACAUGAGAUUAAAAUAGCUUCUGGGGGUUUUUUAACCAUAAGCGGCGGGAAAGUCUGGAAAAAGGAACCUAGCAAUUCAGUAGCUGCUAGCAGUCUGUGGCUAACGAGAAGCUAACACGUUACUCUGUAGUUAACUAGCUUUCAGGGCACUGGCACAGUUUGUCAUUAGGUCAGGAAAGAUAAGAACUAGUUAACGUAGGUGCAGCCUUAGUCCGGGGUUCAAUGACGCAGUUUAAGUGUGUCCCCGUGCUCUCUGCCUGGAGUUUGCUGCUAGCCACGUAAACUGGUGCUGCUGCUGUUUACGUAGCUGCUAGCUGCCCGUCUGCCUCUGCAGCUGGUUCCAGUUUCAAACCUGAAAUCCUCCGAGGACAGGGAUCGCAGCUCACCAUGGUCCGCUUGACUUGAACCGUCUCCCGGAUCGGCUGUUAUGAGCGGAUAAUGAAGCGAGUCAUCUGGAUGAUUUCUGGUUUAAACAGAAGGAUGAUGAAGCUGCUCUUUGCCCUCGCUUUGAUCGCCUACAUUGCAUCUGUUUGGGGAACAUACACAAACAUGAGAUCUAUACAGGAACAAGGAGAUUUGAAGAUCGAGCAGAUAAUCGAGGAGGCUGUGGCUCCUCUGAAAGAAAAGAUUCAUGACCUGGAGCAAAGUGUUUCUCAGAAAUAUCCGCCAGUGAAAUUCCUCUCCGAGAAAGAUCGAAAAAGGAUUCUGAUCACCGGAGGGGCUGGUUUCGUUGGCUCCCAUCUGACUGACAAACUGAUGAUGGAUGGCCACGAGGUGACCGUGGUGGACAACUUCUUCACCGGGAGAAAACGAAACGUGGAGCACUGGAUUGGACAUGAAAACUUUGAGCUUAUCAAUCAUGAUGUCGUCGAGCCGCUUUACAUUGAAGUUGACCAGAUUUAUCAUCUGGCAUCUCCAGCCUCUCCUCCAAAUUACAUGUACAAUCCCAUCAAAACACUGAAGACCAACACAAUUGGGACUCUUAACAUGCUCGGCCUAGCUAAACGUGUCGGAGCAAGACUGCUGCUGGCUUCCACCUCAGAGGUCUAUGGAGAUCCGGAGGUGCACCCCCAAAGUGAAGACUACUGGGGGCACGUGAACCCGAUCGGCCCCCGCGCCUGCUAUGACGAGGGAAAACGUGUCGCCGAGACGAUGUGUUAUGCCUACAUGAAACAGGAGGGAGUGGAGGUGAGAGUAGCACGGAUCUUUAACACCUUUGGCUCCAGAAUGCACAUGAACGACGGUCGAGUGGUCAGCAAUUUCAUCCUCCAGGCUCUGCAAGGAGAACCUCUCACUGUGUAUGGAACUGGUUCUCAAACACGAGCCUUCCAGUAUGUGAGUGACCUGGUGAACGGCCUGGUGUUGUUGAUGAACAGUAACAUCAGCAGUCCUGUCAACCUGGGAAACCCGGAGGAGCACACCAUUCUGGAGUUCGCCCGCCUCAUUAAAAGUCUGGUCGUGAGCCGCAGCCAAAUCCAGUUCCUCUCGGAGGCCCAGGACGACCCACAGAGGAGAAGGCCUGACAUCCGAAAAGCCAAAAUGCUGCUCGGCUGGGAGCCAGUGGUUCCCCUGGAGGAAGGCCUGAACAAAACCAUCCAGUACUUCAGUCGAGAGCUGGAGCACCAGGCCAACAAUCAGUACAUCCCCAAACCCAAAGCCGCCCGCAUGAAGAAGGGCAGACCCAGACACAACUGAGGCUUCCUGUCGACGUCUCUGAAAACUUGAAGGGCGUCUCUUUCAUGCCGAGUCGUUCCCCCUCUUUUAGAGGAAAAAGGGGCGGAGUCCUGGAAGCUUCUCCUGCCUGUUGGAGCCGUGGGGUGAACUGGCUCCAGCGCCGCGUUGGACAAGCCUUAACGAGAAGAGGCUGUGAGUUUAAGCCAGAACGUUUCCAAUCCAGCCUACUUUUUUGUGACUUUUGUGCUUUUCUUAUUUAAUACCCAUUCAGUCUGCUGAUUGAGACUGAGCGGCCGGGAUUCAGGUUCAUCUUCAAAGUCCGGAUGAUCCUUUUUCUUUUUUUGAACUGGAUGUUUUGAACGCUGCACUUCAGGACCGGACCGCUCCUCUGCAGACUGUUACGACACCGCCGCGUGUUCCUCAAGCCAUCGUUGUGUUUGUGAAGUUUCAUCAGAGAUUUUGAUGUGAAGAUCCUAUUUUAAUAAAAUAUUUCCAGUAGUUUGUGUACCGUA